AUGCCAACAAUGCCAUCAAGUUUCCAACGUCUUCUUGAUAUCCCACCUACAAUUUGAAACUGAAGAAUCUGAUAGUGGCACAAAGUCCGAAGGUACAGCUCAUAGGUGAAAUGCUCAAAUAAAGAGAAAAUAAACGAAUUUUUAUUGGUUUCAGCGCCCCAACAUACAGCAAAGAUCUGAAUACAAUUCGUUCAAGACUUUCAAAGUUUGUAAGAGGAGGUCAAAAGAAAGUGACAAAAGCAGAAGACAACGAUGAUUGAAUUGUUCUAUUCCAUUGA